CGGUUAUAUGCCAUGUAUCAGCGAUCCAGAAAGAUGCUCAUCCUUUUUGUUGUACUCUUCCUGGCUGUCACAAUCGCAAGUGGAGUGAUUUCGGCAAUAGCAAGCGGCUAUACUUCAGGGGAGGAGCUCAUCCUCUCCGGCAGUUAUCAGUGCAUUCAGAAUGGAGUUGACCACAUUCUAGUGGACAAAGUUUGGAUGCUUGGCCUUGCUUGGGAGGUCCUAGCACUGUGUUUUGCAGUCUGGAUAGUUGUAAAACACUUCCGUGAACUACGAAGAUCGUCAACAAGAUGGACCAUGGCGGACACUUUCGCGGUGUUAAUGCGAACUCAUGUGCUUUACUUUGCAGCCUAUGCCGCUGUCUCUUGCUUCAACUUUGGCGUGUUGUCUUCGAAGCUGUCGAACAUUUCUUCUGUGGGAACUCAGGUCUAUUAUGGCAUCUUUCAAAUUACCGUGUCCCUUCAGAUGGCUGUGCUGGGACCACGCCUCAUCCUCAGUGUUCGAGAAUAUCACGCUAACCUCGUGGACGACUCAGACGCAGGAACUGGCAUGAGUACACUUGCUUUCCAGGAACGCGCACAUGACGUGUCAACUGGCGGUGGUGUGUAGCACGUACGGGAAAUGAUCCAAGUGAUCAACAUUUCAAGUUAUUAAGUACUCUAUAGGGAACACAAGAAAUUUUGUCCUAGUAUCGAGUCUGUGUUCCAAAAUAGACUACCCUGCCAACAAA